CUAUGCUGGCGGUGUGAUAGAGUGGCCGUCUGUCUAAAGAGUGGCAGCAGGUUGUCAUUCAGCUCGUUGCGAGCCGCGCUUCACAUCGAGUUAGCUCACGAGCUUGCGGAGAUGUCGGGAGAUUCAGCACCACCCACAGAAGCCACAAAAAGGCUCGUGUCUAAGAAGCAAACACUGGAUGACGCGUACGCGGCACCUGCCAACUUUCUCGAGAUCGACGUCAGUAACCCCGUCACCCACGGAGUGGCCCGCAAGAGAUACACCGACUAUGAAGUCCGCAUGAGAACGAAUCUGCCGGUCUUCAAAUUGAAAGAAUCCGUCGUGAGGCGAAGAUACAGCGAUUUUGAAUGGCUUCGCUCCGAGCUCGAGCGAGACAGCAAGAUCGUCGUUCCACCCCUGCCGUCGAAAGCAUGGAAGCGGCAGCUGCCCUUCCGACAAGACGAGGGGCUCUUCGAAGAUGAGUUUAUAGACGAGAGACGUAAACAUCUUGAAACCUUUAUCAACAAAGUUGCAGGACAUCCUCUAGCCCAGAACGAGAGAUGUUUGCACAUGUUUCUGCAGGAACCAGUGAUCGACAGGAACUACGUACCUGGCAAAAUGCGGAAUACAUAAUGCCGUUGGAAUAUUCGGCGAUGACUUAGAGAGUGGUAAGAAGAAUAUUAAAAAAACUUGACACACAAACGCGCCAGGGACGACAAAUAUCGGUGAUUCCGAUGGUGGAAAUUCUAAGAUGGACAGGCGACGGGGGGUGGAACUCACAGAUCCGGCGAUGAGACGAGAACGCUCCUUCCCGAGGAGCAUUGUAAUUUACGAAUGAACCAACUCCCCGGCUUAGUUUUGGCUUCUCAAAUCAGAAUGUCUCGGAGACUACCACGGGACGGCUUACCCAGAACGAUACGAUAUAAUUGUAAAUAACGAUCAUGACGGUUGACUGCGUUGGAAUCAGACGACGAGACUGACGAAGUCUUGAAGUGGAUACCGUCGAAACACCGUUGAAUUCCCGCGAUGGGAGCCCGUAUGACAUCGAGUCCUGCGCGCCGUCUGUCGACCUAGUGGGAGACGACGCGUCAUCCAUGCAUCGGGGCUUCUCGAGUGCGGUCGGUUUCCCUUAGAUCUUUCCUUUUCGACUUCGCGGAAAAUCGUCGGAAUCUGAAUGUUAGAACAAUGAGUGCUUCGAAUCGAAACGAAGAAUCGCUUUGGGAAUGAAUGAUAUGCCGUUGGAGUAGGUUAGAAUAUUCUUCUCGUUCUCGAGUUUUCCCGGAAGAGGAGUCAGCUGAGCAGGGGUACAGUAAUAUCGGAUAGAGGACACCGUCACCGUCACCCUUCUAAACACGAGCAAAAUUCUGGAAACCAAAACACAUCGCUUCCGGCGGCUGAGACAUCACGUCAAAACAGUGAAAGUGAAAAACAUACUCGAAAUAAAAACUUUUGCGCUACUUUUGAAUUUUAAAC